UCGGUAGGGUUCGUCCAGACGACCGAGAUCAAGUUGUCGAGUGUCGUCUGCUAUUGACACAUGUGUCUUCGUGCGUGUGUAACGACCAACAUGAGUUUGUUUUCUACGGUAGUGCAAACUCUCUUUGAUAACUGGACGGCAUUACAGCUUGCAGUAGAACACCAGUUGGGUGGAACACAGAGCAAAGAAAUAGCAAAAUGGAUGAAGACUGUAGUAGAAAACUUCUUCAUAGAGAAUGAUGAUGUGUUGGCACAAGAGAUCACAGAGUACAUGGAGGAUCUUAUGAAUAAUGAAUUCAACACUCUGUGUGAAGAUGGCAGUUUAGAAGAGAUGGGAGAGAGUUUGUGCAAAUACUUCCGGUUAAUCAAGGAUGGGAAAGAUGCAGAGGUAAUCCUAGAACUGCAAAAAUAUAAAGGAAGUUCUGUGCAUCUCUGUAAAACUGCCUCAAAUCACGAUGAAUCUACUUUGCAAGAGGAAAAGGAUGAAGACCCAGAUAAUCAAACAGUUGAGACCCCCAAAAAAUCUACAAAAAAUGAGCCUGAUGAAGAUGGUUGGGUUACAGUAACAAAGGGAAAAAAACAUUGAUGAAUAUUUAUGUUUCAUUGGAAAUGUCAAUCCUAAUAAAUGUGAAUUUUUCCCCGUU